CCCUAUCACUACAUUUUCACCUGCGCCCCGUACUUGUUGCCGCGUAGUGCCAGCCAGGGAGAGAGAGAGAGAGAAUAGAUAGAGAAACAAGAGUUCCCUCUCUCCGCAGGUGGUGAUCCCCUCUCCCCCUGUCUACACUGAGCACUUUGGACUCGCUUUUCGUUUCAAGAGGCGUGGAAACUUGGCUGGCUGGUUGGUUCCAUCUGCCACGGUUGUUUUUCGUACACGAGGCAGCGGGGCGGAGAGGGAAGGACAGACACGGAAAUUAAUCCAUCUGCUGCCCACCGCCCGCAAUCACGCACACACCAGCGAACACACGUGCGUGCUGGAAAGAUGAAGGUCGUGGGGGCUGCUGCUGCUGCGGCGGCGGCGAUCGGUUGUUUGGCGGAGUUGGGGAGCGCUCAGAGCUGCUGCUCCCAGGAUUCCGACUGCACGGAGCUGUUGGCGCCUGCUGACAUUGAGUACAACAACCGUUUCAGCAAGACCGUCGAGUGCGACCAGGAAUGCCCCGGAUUGAUCAACUGCAACAUGUUCGGGGUUUGCGAGCAGUGCCGCGGAUGCUUCGAAACGUGCGAGGGUGCAAUGCUGUUCAUGGAAGAAACCUCCUCGCCCGCGGACUAUAUCACGUUCUGUUCCGGCGUCGGCAUCACCGACAUGGCCCAAUGCGAGGACGACGUGUACGGCAUGGGGGCCGGUUCCGGGUCCAUGUCCAGCGGGGGCUCCGCGUACGGAUCCGGCAGCGGGGCCGGGGGGGGGUCCGAAUUGUCGCAGGGGGGCUCCGCAUACGGAUAUGGCAGCGGGGCUGGUGGCGGGUCGAUGUCGAGCACCGCCAGCGGUGCCGGCAGCGGUUCGGGCGGAAUUGCCGGCGACACAGCGUCGGGCAGCGCGCUCGACAGCGCGUCGGAGGGGGUGACCGCCGAGUACGGCAGCGGCAACGGCAGCGGUGCCGGGAGCAUGUCGAGCAGCACGGCUACUGCCAGCGGAAGCGGGGACGCGAGCAGGGUGGCGGAAAUCGAAGGCUGCGACUGCGGCACGGCCGAGCUGGAACCGGCCUUCGCUGCCUACUUCUGCGAGAACGGGAAGUCCAUGUACUGUGACCUCGAGUGCAUGGACGGCUCGGACCCGUAUGACGCCCUGUUCCCCUCGAUGGGCGGCCUUUGGUGCCAGCCGGAAGGCUGGGAGGGGUGCCGCAUGUGCAAGUUCGACUGUACGGACUACGAGGGCGAUGGCUGCGUCCCUUGCCCGUCCGGGUUGAAGGACUGGUGUUAAGAGAGGCACCGUUGAGCUUGAAGCGGCCGCGAUGGCGGCAGCGGCGGCUGACCUUGAGGCAAAACAUGGCUGAUAGCGGUCGUUUUGAGCAAGUACAGUAGUGGCAGCGAGAGCAGAGCGAGGAGGCGGCAUUUGCCGCUGUGUUUGAUUUUGCAAGGAAACUAGCCCUGCACGACCGCAAACUUGCGGUUUGUCGAAGAGUCGGCCCCCUCAUUUUUGGUUUUAUUCGGCUCCAUCUGUUGCUUUGCUUCUGGGUUUGCAAUGCCGGGUUGGGUGCCGUGGAUUCGACUGCUGCUGUGUUUUGAUGCCAUUUCUCACCCAUUUGAAGAAGGCGGUGUGGCAGGGAGGGAGAGCGAGAGUCAUGUGUGGGGUGGCACCGCAAGCUGGUGUAACCGGUGGGCGUGAGCUGUGAGGGCGAGCGACGCACGCCGGCCGUGCUGGAUUAAGAAGACGAGAGAUAGCGAAGUUGUUCUUUUUUAUUUUGUGGCGGGAGCGCGCUCAAUGCUCUUCCGUCGCCCGCCACGAGCUUGCCACGACAGAUGAAUGAGUGUGUUUUCUAAGAAGUCUUGUCGCGCUGCUGCUGUCUCACUGUCUCGUGCUCUCAGGUGUGUUUUGUCCCAGCGAACCGAAGGGUUCGAUUUGGGUGGGGCAUGGAUCGCUGUUGGGACCGUUGCUUUUUUUGCGUGAUGUUGUUGUGUUCGUGUUCCGUGGCAUGUCGAAGCCUUGCGCUCGCUGGUGCCAUGGCGUUCUCUUCGUUCCGCGGGAGGUACAACAUACGUUCAUACAUGGACCAGAUAUAGCCAGGCGGCCAGGUAGGCAGCAGGGAAAUAUCCAAGGGCAGUAUGCGUUGAACGUUGAGAAUCGAUGUCGUUGCUCACAAAGAGCGGCACGGUGCUUGGGCGAUUGAAUGGUCCGCUAGCACGUUUCGAUCGAUUGGGUCGCACCGGCCGACUGUGCUGUAUGCGGCGCCUGCGCUUUCAUCUGAAGGCCUACGUUUUCGCUUUCGACGGUUUGCGGUAUGAAAACCGUGGUGACCUAAAACAAGUUGCGAUUUGUUUCCUGGAUGAGCUUGUUUUUGCGAAACAUGACAAAUUAUUAGUAUUGGGAAGUACAUUAUAAUUUCGGGGUAUUUGUCCGGUGUUCAAACUUUUAUUGUUCACGGGUUGUUUCUUUCUGGGCCGCGGGGGCAGAGGGAGCGCAAUCAAAAACUUCCAUGUUCAAAGGGAGAUGAUCUGGAAUCGUAUCCCAUGUGACCGUUCCGCUGGAGAUCGGUUAGGGGGGAGGUGGGGGGGCGGGGGGGCGGGAACGCUAUACAAUAGGUGCAGCAACUUGAUGGUUUGGAUUUGUACGUUCUGUCGUUCGUUACUUCUCGGAGUACUAAAUUACGCCUGUUCUGAGUAGAUGUUUGCUCUUUUCUGGCUUUGCAGAGAGGCCGUUUGCAUACAAACCACAGGCUUGUUUACUUGUCCGCGCCGUAACCCUUUCGGUGCUACUUUUGACAAAUGUCCUCCGUGAAAGUGACAACUUCUGUAUUACAAGUAGCUUCUAGCGGGAUGUUUUUUGUUUUGUCAAAAGGCUCUCGCGUGUUUGCUACUUACUACUGCGUGUUCGGUUACCAUUAUUUUUUUUCAUGUGUUGUAUCUGUUUUUGGUGCGGGCGAUUGAUGAGCAGCGGGUGGAGUACACGAUGAUUGCGAUGGUGGUGUUGAGUAGUCACCGUUCCCCCGCGUUGUGUUAGUCUUGUUUUGCUGUGUACACCUCCAUCCGUCGUGACGCCGAUGACCGCGUUUCGAUGGUCCACGAGAUUUGAUCACAGCAGCCGGUGGUCGAUUUCACGUUUUGAUUGUCAGCGAGGGUCGUCACGUGCACUUAUAUUGUGCGUUCUUUAUUUGUUUCGGGACGUGACUUUUGGAGCAGAAAUAGUAAGUGCUUGCGCGGGUUCCUUUGCGAUAUGGAGCACAGCCGCGGCGCUCGUGCUUUUUACUGCUACGUCUCGGGUACCGGUUCUUUUCAUUUUGCUGUUGAGAAUCGUCCACGUAUAUUGUGCCAACAAUCGAUUCAUCCAACAAGUUAUGUUUGGUGCCGCUAUUGCAGGAUAUGCACACGCGCGACGUCCCGUUUUGUUUUGGUUCGAUUUUUGAACAAGGAAAACAAGCAUAUCAUGAUUUUGUGGCUUACAAUUGUCCACACUGCCUGCACACAGCAGUACCCGACGUCAUGUGCUUGUACGUAAAGCUUACCUGUAUCAUUCGUGUUCAAUUUUCGUUUGAAUAUUCUUGAGCUUCGACUUCUCGUUCGUGUGUUGUUUUUCCGUACUUCGUGUGACAAUAAGCGGGCGGCAGCUCUGUCUGCUUCCGUGGCAGCUACUUGCCCUAUCCCUGCC